AUGGUCAAUAAUGGGGAAGUUCAAGUGUUGAAGCAAAUGGAGAAAGGGCCUAGCGAAUUACCCCCAGCAGCCUUAGCGAAUUACCCCCACCAGCCCCUAGCGAAUUACCCCCAGCAGUCCACAAGUCCAGCAAGGAAUCAAAAUACAUUGAUCCCUCAAUUUACUGAUCCGCUUCGCUUUGCUUCAUCGCUUGACCUUGAAUAUAGCUGUAAAUGUAAGAAGGCCUUGUUACAAUAUCUUUUCAUGGGAAAGAAGGGAGGUACUUCAUGGUUGACAGCCGUAAAGAAGGCCUUCAGGUCUCCAACUAAGGCUAAUGAGAAAAAUAGUAGCAGGAGGAGAGAAGAACAUGAACAAGAAGAAGGGAAGAAGCGACGAUGGAUGUUUCGAAAGCCUACAAAUAAUACUCAGCAAAGUCAAACAAAGGUGACAACCCAUUCUACACCUGAAGAACCUAUGUUGGUUGCUGAGCAAAGGCAUGCGAUUGCCGUUGCAGCAGCCGCGGCUAUAGUUAUUCAAACAGCUUUCAGAGGUUACCUGGCAAGAAGAGCACUACGUGCACUUAAGGGCCUUGUGAAGCUUCAAGCUUUAGUGAGAGGACAGAAUGUCCGAAAGCAAGCAAAGAUGACACUAAAAUGCAUGCAGGCUCUGCUUCGAGUGCAGGCUCGGGUUCGUGAUCAACGUACAAGUGCGAGGCUUUCACACGAUGCAGGCAGAGAGUCUUUGUUUGCCGAGACAAACGACUUAUGGGAGUCUAGAUAUCUUCAAGACAUCCAUGGGUCGAUGGUAAGUUGUUUUCCAGAGUUUCCAACUUUCCAUAGCACAUACGAAAUCAAGAACGCAAGAGAUGGAAACGAAGUGGAAGAAAGGACAAACCGGCUUGAUCGGUGGAUGGUAACAAAGCAAUGGGAGAGCAACAGCAGAGCUUCAACUGAUAUGAAAUGGGAGAGCAACAGCAGAGCUUCAACUGAUAUGAAACGGGAGAACAAGAGCAGAGCUUCAAUUGAUAGAAGGGACCCUAUAAAACCCGUUGAAGUCGACAUAUCUGGCCCUUACUCUUCUAAUUCAACUAACAAUUUUCGAAGAACACAAUAUCAAAGUCACCACCAAAGACAACCUACCCCAUAUCAUGUAGCUUCUCCUCACCGUGCACAGUACAAUGUCUCUGUCAUCCAACCACCCAUAACGCCUUGCCCAUCUAAAACCAAACACUUGCAAGUGCGUUCAGCAAGUCCUCGAUGUCUCAAAGAAGACAAAAGCUACUCAACGGCAAACAGCCCAAGCUUACGUUCGACACCUCAUUUCAAUGGCAGCGGAUGCCACUAUACCACAUGGGCUAAUGAGGGUGGUGGUACUGCUGCAAUGCCCAACUACAUGGCUGCCACCAAGUCUGCAAAAGCUCGGGUUAGAUCACAAAGUGCACCAAGGCAGAGGCCCUCAACACCAGAGAGGGAACGAGGCGGGUCGGCAAAGAAACGCCUGUCAUAUCCAGUUCCUGAGCAGCCAUACAUUGGAGCCGCCAAUGACUGCAGCAGUUUUAGCCAGAACUUGAGUUGUUCCAGCUUCAAGAGUGUUCAAGCAGGCUAUGGAGGAAUGGAGCAACAGUCGAGAAGGUCAUGUUACACAGACAGCAUUGGCGGAGAAAUUUCUCCAUGUUCAACUUCAACCACUGCUUUAACAAGGUGGUUAAGAUGA